CAAAUUUGACCAUUAAUCAUCGGCGGAGGUAUAUUCUAGGGCACCAAGAAAGAGAGGAAAUGCAACAUCUUCCCAAACAAGCUCCCUAACAUUUUUUUUGGGGAAAAGAUUUGACUUUGAUUGUCGGAGGGGCCUUAUCCGCCACCCCUCCGGUGUCUCCGUCGCGGUCAAAAGGCUCUACAGGAAGAACAGUGGCGGCGAUCAAUCGGAAAUAACACUAUACACCCCCACACUUGUUCUUCUUCUUUGCUGCCUCGCUUCAGACUCUUCGUUCAGAUCCUCAUUACCCUGUUGGAGUCCUGCUCGCUCUUUUCUCCGAUUCCAGAAUUCGUCGAGCUCAAUGGAGGUGUCGUCGGAAUCGGCAGGCGGUUUGCCUUCGAGUAUACUGGAGAACCGUGAUUUGGUGAUGAUUAUAACGACGUCUAUAGCAGUUUUGAUCGGGUGUGUGGUUUUGCUGUUGUGGCGGCGAUCCAGUGGUCAGAAGCCAAAAGUAGUGCAGCCUCCCAAGCCGUUGAUCGUAAAAGAGACUGAGGUUGAAGUCGAUGACGGAAAGAAGAAGGUCACCAUCUUCUUCGGUACGCAGACCGGCACAGCUGAAGGUUUUGCCAAGGCAUUGGCUGAGGAGGCAAAAGCUCGGUAUGAUAAGGCCACGUUUAAAGUUGUUGAUUUGGAUGAUUAUGCUGCUGAUGACGAUGAAUACGAGGAGAAAUUGAAGAAAGAGAGUUUCGCAAUCUUCUUUUUGGCCACAUAUGGUGAUGGGGAGCCAACAGACAACGCCUCAAGGUUUUACAAAUGGUUCACAGAGGGCAAAGAGAGAGCAGAAUGGCUUCAGAAUCUGCAGUAUGCAGUGUUUGGUCUCGGCAAUCGGCAGUAUGAGCAUUUCAACAAGGUCGCCAACGUAGUGGAUGACCUCCUUGUUGAGCAGGGUGCUAAGAGACUUGUUCCAGUAGGUCUUGGUGAUGAUGAUCAAUGCAUUGAGGAUGACUUCACUGCAUGGCGAGAAUUGUUAUGGCCAGAGUUGGAUCAGUUGCUCCGAGAUGAGGAUGAUACUACAACCGUUUCUACCCCUUACACUGCUGCUGUACCAGAAUAUCGAGUUGUGUUUCAUGAUUCUGUAGAUGCAUUACAAGAUAAUAAUAGCUGGAGUAAUGCAAAUGGUCAUGCUGUCUAUGAUGCUCAGCAUCCUUGCAGGUCUAAUGUGGCUGUGACAAAGGAGCUUCACACUCCUGCAUCUGAUCGUUCUUGCAUCCAUCUGGAAUUUGAUAUUUCGGGCACUGGACUUUCAUAUGAGACAGGGGAUCAUGUUGGUGUUCAUUGUGAGAAUCUUACAGAAACUGUGGAAGAGGCACUGAAUUUAUUGGGUUUGUCACCUGAUACAUACUUCUCCAUCCAUACUGAUAAAGAGGAUGGGACACCACUUGGAAGUUCUUUGCCACCACCUUUCCCACCCUGCACUUUAAGAACUGCACUGUUUCGAUAUGCAGAUCUUUUGAAUUCUCCCAAAAAGUCCGCCUUGCAUGCUUUAGCAGCUCAUGCUUCUGAUCCAGCUGAAGCUGAUCGGUUACGACAUCUUGCAUCACCUGCUGGGAAGGAUGAAUAUGCUCAAUGGAUAAUAGCUAGUCAGAGAAGCCUCCUUGAGGUCAUGGCUGAAUUUCGUUCAGCCAAGCCCCCACUUGGUGUAUUCUUUGCAGCAGUUGCGCCACGCUUGCAGCCUAGAUACUACUCAAUCUCAUCAUCGCCAAGGAUGGCUCCCUCAAGGAUUCAUGUUACUUGUGCAUUAGUUUAUGAGAAGACACCAGCUGGCAGAAUUCACAAAGGAGUAUGUUCUACAUGGAUGAAGAACGCUGUGCCUUUGGAGAAGAGUGUUGAAUGUAGUUGGGCACCUAUUUUCGUUAGGCAAUCAAACUUCAAACUUCCAACUGAUACUAAAGUACCCAUAAUCAUGAUUGGCCCUGGCACUGGAUUGGCUCCUUUCAGGGGCUUCCUGCAGGAAAGAUUAGCUCUUAAAGAAUCUGGAGCUGAACUGGGACCCUCAAUUCUAUUCUUUGGGUGCAGAAAUCGUAGAAUGGAUUACAUUUAUGAAGAUGAGCUGAAAAACUUUGUUGAGACUGGUGCAAUUUCUGAGCUGGUUGUUGCAUUUUCGCGUGAAGGUCCCACCAAGGAGUAUGUGCAACAUAAAAUGAUAGAGAAGGCAUUGCAAAUCUGGGACAUGAUCUCUCAGGGAGGUUAUAUUUAUGUUUGUGGUGAUGCAAAGGGCAUGGCUAAGGAUGUCCACCGGACUCUUCAUACCAUCGUGCAGGAGCAGGGAUCAUUGGAUAGCUCGAAAACUGAGAGCCUGGUGAAAAAUCUGCAAAUGAACGGCAGGUAUCUGCGUGAUGUAUGGUGAUAGUUAUUCUGUAACUAACGGGAAGAACAAAUGUAAUAUAAAAAUAUUACACAGGCCCAACUUGCUGGGAUAAAAGAAAAAUUUGCAAGAGGGUGCCAUUUAUGAUGCCCUUUCGUUUCAAUCUUAAAAAGUAUUGUCAUUUAUAGUAGUAUGUUAUUCUUUGACUUCCAACGGGAAGGAUUUUUUCGUUCUUGUAAUUUGUAUAUACAUAUAAGGAAUAAUUAUCACUAGGCGUAGUUUAUGGAGGUCUGAUAUUCGUUGUUAGAAACAACAAGAUGGUUCAAAAUUGCAGAAUGGGUGAUCGUGUUUUACCUAUGUAAUUAUGUUACAUGGGCAUAUUAUGUCAA